AUGCCUGCCCUCGAUCUUCUCAUCGCCUGGCCAUUGACGGUCGUCGCUGCCUCCUUCGUCCUCUAUGUCAUCCUCCUCUACACCUACCGCCUCACUCUGCAUCCACUCGCCAAAUUCCCCGGCCCGCGUCUCGCAGCAAUGACCCUCUGGUGCGAGUUCUACCAUGAUUUCUUCCGCGGCGGCCAAUACAUCUUCCGCAUCCGUGACAUGCACGCCAAAUACGGCCACAUCGUGCGCGUCUCCCCCGACGAACUGCACAUCAACGACCCUUCUUUCCUUCCGGAGCUGAUGCCCGCCGGCGGACGUCGCAGGGACAAGUACCCGCGCAUGAUACAGGUGUUUGGCUUCUCGCAGGCCGCGGGCGCCACGGCCGAUCAUGAUUUGCACCGCACGCGGCGGGCUGCGAUGUCGAAGAUGUUCUCGAAGGAGUCGGUGAGGCGGCUGGAGCCCAUUAUGAGGACGAAUUUGGACAAGUUGUUGGUUCGGUUGAUGGAGUUCCAGGAUGAUGGCCGGGAGAUCAGUCUGCUGCCCAUGUUUGGGGCGUUUACUAAUGAUGUGAUUUCCGAAUAUGCAUAUGGCUUCAGUUUGAAUUGGGUGCAAGCACCACAGUUUAACAAGGUCUUCUUCGAAAUGAUUGACGGCUUCCAUGACCUUGGGCCUCUUGCGGUUCAGUUCAAGUGGUUUAUGGGCCUCUUCGCCAGGCUGCCUCGGUGGCUCGUAUUGAAAAUAAACCCCGGAUUCGGUACCUUUAUUCGGUUCAGAAUGCAACUGUUAAGCAACAUUGACAGAGUCUCAAAGUCCCACCACGAAGGGAAGGACAACAAAACGGUGUUCGACGAAAUCUUAGAUAGCAAAUUAUCAGAGCAGGAUAAACAACCGCUCCGUUUGCUCCAGGAGGCUCAGAACUUCUCGAUCGCAGGCACAGAAACCACGUCUUGGAUUCUGAGUAUCAUGACUGUCCAUCUCCUGUCCACCCCCAGGGUCCUCGCAAAAUUGAGAACCGAGCUUAAGGCUGCCCUCCCUAGUGUCUCCGCGCCAUUGUCAAUCAAGGAUAUCGAGCAGCUGCCAUACCUCAGCGCUGUCAUCACGGAGGGUCUCCGCAUCGCACUAGGCACCAGCCAACGCCAAACGCGCAUCAGCCCAAACGAAGUCAUGACUUUUGACGACGGCAAGAGAAAGUGGCACAUCCCUCCCGGCACCCCAGUCGGCAUGGCUGCGCCCCUCAUCCAUCACAACCCGGACGUCUUUGCCGACCCCAUGCAGUUCCGCCCGGAGCGCUUCAUCGAGAAUCCGCAGCUCAAGCGCUACCUGAUCACGUUCUCGCAGGGUUCCAGGCAGUGUCUAGGGAUGCAGCUGGCGUACACCGAGCUCUUUCUGUUGCUCUCGGAGAUUUGGCGCCGGUUCGGCAGCAAGGAGGAUCAUGGGGAGGAUGGCUGGUGGGAGUUGUUCGAGACGGAUCGGAGCGAUACCGACAUGGCUUCUGAUCGGUUCGUGCCGUAUCCCAGGGCGGAUAGUAAGGGGAUUCGGAUAAAGGUGCGCAAGUGA